AUGAAAAACGUCUCUUCUGGACAAGUGCAACUUACUCGACAAUUCAAAAGAGGUUCAUAUCAACUAUUCACCAGGAAGAAGGAAUCGACAAUGUCAGCGAAUAAAUUGUUCAAUGUGACAGCUAACGAAGCUUUCUUCAAGCUUCCUUUGAAGCUUCAGAAUUUCUUCACUAAGUUCCCACCAGCCCCAAUCAAGAAAUACUCUGAUAGACCAACUCUAACCAAUGCCCCAGACGCAAAUCCGUUCCUCCCAAACCGCCAUCCAAUCACAGGGCGCACGCAUGAACCUCUCUACAGCUCUCGUCGUCAAUCAGACCUUUACAAGCUGGCUUACAAGUUUGGUAUUGCGGAUUUGAUGCCCCCAUUGGCAAAUGGCAAGAAAUUCUUCUUGGAGAAGCAACAAUCUUCUCCAAUAUUGAGGGGUGUUCUAUAUCCUAAGGGUCACAAGUGGGAGAGAACAUACGAUGCCAGAAAGAAGGCCAUUGCUGAUGCUUUGGAACAAGUUGAUGAUAUUCUGAUCAAACAUAGAGGUUCCAAGUACAGAAAGAGGCUUGAGAGAAGAGAAGAGGAAAAGAGAACCUGGAUUUAA